GAGGCCGCGGUGACCGUCGUGUGCGCCAGCGGCCACCCCUGGGCCCUGCUGGCGCGCGACGCGUCCCUGGCGGCGCGCGUCUGGCUCGCGGGCGCGCGCGACUCGGCCGCCCGCGCCGCCCCAGAUUUCGCCUGGCUCGCAGACGGGCUCGCGGAGCUGGCGGUGCUGGUGGAGCCCAGCAGCGGCGACGGCCCCGUCGUGGAGGCGCUGAAGAGCGCAUUGAGGCCCCUGGUCAGGCGGCGGUGUCCGUUCACGUCGGCCGUGCAGGUUCGCGACUGGUGUUCCACUCGGGCAGCUGCGUGCGCUGGGUGCGGCCGCGAACUGCGCGGCGCUGCGGCGGGCGUGGCACGAGGGGCAGCGGCAGCUGCACCCGGACCUGCUCGGGCUCAAGCUGCCCGGCUGCCCCGCGAGCCUGCUGGGUGCGUGCAGCGUCUCGCUGAACCUCGCGUUCGAGGGGCGGAGCCAGCAUCUCGGCUGCGGCUCGGGCAAGCAAAAAGUGUUUCGGCCGGGAG